CGCGAGGGUCUUUCUCAGUCAGUCAGUGUCGAUGCGAGGAGGAGAAGAGGAGGAGGAGGCUGAAGAGGAGAGGGCCGCCGAGGCCUUGUUUUUCUCCUCCGCCAUUGAGGGCUUCCCUCAGGCGCGGCGAAAAUGUCUUCCCAUCCGCGAGGAGGAGGAGGAGGGGCAGCGCCGGCGGCACCGGCGGCACCUUUAGCAGCGGUGACGGCCUCGAGCACGAGCAGUAGCCGCCUUCAGCCCAUGCGGGCCACGGUGCCUUUCCAGCUGAAGCAGCAUGGAAGCCCCACCCGGAGCGGAGGCAACGGAGGAGGAGGAGGGGAAAGAGAGAGAGACAGAGAGAGAGACAGAGGAGGAGGAGGCCUGCCUCGCGCGGCUAUGGCAGCAGCGGCGACGCCCUCAACGGCCGCCGCAGCCCCGCCCUCUCCUCGCGCCGCCAGCCCCACGCGACCAGCGCUUGGCAACGGCGCGCGCGGAGGGGGCGCAGGAGGAGGAGGGGGCAGCAGCAGCCCCGCUGUGGCCACGCAGACGCCCGUCGCCGCUGCAGCAGCAGUAGCAGGAUCCUCCUUGUCGCCCAGCCCCCCUCGGCUGCCCCCUCCUCCUCUGCCGCUGGGUUCCACCCCGUCGCCCUGCUCCUCGCCGGUCUCCCCGCCAGCCCCCGAGAGCAGCGCCUGCUCCUCCUCCUCCUCCCCCGCCGCCGGGGCCUCCUCCUCCUCCUCUUCCGCCGGAGGGGGGCGCGUCCGGCACCGGCAGCGCCGCCGCUCCCCCGAGCACAGCCGCGCCUCGCCCGAGAGGAAGAGCCCCAGCUCCCCCGGCGCCAAAGUAGAUAAGCCACGGCCACCAUCAUCAAGCCCUUCUAGUAUUGCUCGCCGUACCCCUUCCCUAGACAUACUUGCUGCUCCGUACCUUGCUGGACAGUGGCCUCGUGAGAAUCAUGGACAAGCUGCGCCUUGCAUGAGGGACAAAGCCACACAGACAGAGAGUGCUUGGGCUGAGGAAUACUUAGAAAAGAAGAAAGGAUCUCAUAAGCGAUCAGCAUCUUGGGGCAGCACGGAUCAGCUUAAAGAGAUCGCCAAACUUCGCCAGCAAUUGCAAAGAAGUAAACACAGUAGCAGACAUCACCGAGACAAAGAAAGGCAGUCCCCAUUCCAUGGUAAUCAUGCAGCCAUUAACCAAUGCCAGGCUCCCGUCCCAAAGACUGUGCUAGUCCCUGUCAUACCAAUUGCCAAAUCAACAGGAUCGCGUUUCCGUAACAGCAUAGAGGGGCUGAAUCAAGAGAUUGAAAUAAUCAUAAAGGAGACAGGAGAGAAAGAGGAACAACUUAUUCCGCAAGAUGUUCCAGAUGGGCAUCGAGCUCCUCCCCCUCUGGUGCAGCGUAGCAGCAGUACCCGCAGCAUUGAUACGCAGACACCUGGUGGAGCAGAAAAGGGCAGCAACAAUAGCAGCCGGUCUCAGUCUGUGUCUCCUGGCUCUUUCCUUGCCAUCACCAAUGAGAGCAACGAGGAGAGCCCAUGCCCUACUGAUGACCUGCUUGGGGACCCCAGAGAUAAAGAGAAUGGGAACUGUUCUCCCCUGCCGAAAUAUGCCACCUCACCAAAACCCAACAACAGCUACAUGUUCAAACGUGAACCUCCUGAAGGCUGUGAGAAGGUUAAAGUGUUUGAAGACAGCUUGCCAAAGCCGUUGCAUGAAAUCCCAGCCUUUUAUUGUCCUGAUAAGAAUAAAGUCAAUUUCAUUCCAAAAAGUGGCUCCGCUUUCUGCCUUGUCAGUAUCCUCAAGCCACUUCUCCCCACACAAGAUCUUACUCUCAAAGGUGCUACUCACAACCUGACCGUCCCAUCUGGGAUGACGCCCGCAUUGCUGCAGCCUAUUUCCAUGGCCGCCUUAUCGGCAAGCACAGACCAAGACCGACUGUCUCGUGGAGGAAGCAAAAUAAUGCCACCAAUAACUGUGCUCCAGCAGUCAGGCCAUGCUGAAGAAACUGAAGGGUAAACUUGGCUUUGUUUACUUCCGAGAGAACUGUAUUGAAGCUAGCUGUGAUCAAGCCUUCCAAAUUGCAUCUCUUUGCAUCAUUCUUGUCAGCAGUUUCAUAAACAGUUCCUGCUGAUAUCCUGAUCUCCCCACGAUGACUGAGACUCGGGUGAGACCUAGGAAAGAAGAGUGGCUGUGCAACUGCUACACUUGUCUUGAGGCGGCUCCAAUUCAGUCCCCUCUUCUGCACUUUUUUUUAAAGCUUUGGUACAAUAAAGAAGGGAGACAUUAUCUAUCUUACUUUACCAGCAGAGGAACCAGUUUUUUCUGAGGCUUUGUGUUCCAGUUUCAAGUUUUGGAAAAGGAAAAAUUCAAAAUAUACCAGCUGUUCAUAACAAGAUCUGCAAGGGGAACAACAAGCAAAUUCAUACCGCAAGAUCUCUUUUUUCACCAAAAAGUAUUUACAAAUAAUGUGGGGGGAGGGAUGAUGCACCCCCAUGAAACAGGGUGCUCACAGGAUGGUCGCACUUUUCUUGCUGCAUUGUUUCUACUGUUGGGAAGAGAGACCUGAAUCUACUGUUCAGCAUUGUGCAGUGUGACCACUUUGAUUUCUUCCCUUCUCCGGAUAACAUCUUCAAGACUAUAAAGAAAAGCAAUAUUGGUACAACUUUGGUGAAGGCAGGAUGGAUAAGCACACGGACAAAAUUCAUUGUCCGGAAAUAGCAUUUCAGAGCACUUCUGCCAAUAGUGUAAUAACUUGUUGCUAGUCUUGUGACUCUUGUUUCAAAAUGAUAUUCCUUUCCACUUUCUGCAAAAAUGCCAACUAACUGUCACAUCAGUGCCUCUUGGGACAUCUUGGUUUCUUGUGUUGCUGUCAAACUCUUGAAUUGCCUUUGGCGUAUACCCGAUCCUAUACUGUCUUGCCACUGUACUAUAUAAACCUUGUAGUCAUAUGAUCUUGAAAUGGCCAUGCAUGGUUCUUCCUGCUUGUCAAAGUACUGUUUUGUGGGUCUGUUGAGGGUAGUAGUUUGUCAGGCAUGGUAAUUGUUAAAGCAGUUUAUUUCAGUGGACAUAGUCUUCUUUUUGAGGAGCAAUAUCAUUAGGGUGUUAAGCUAAGGGAACUUGGUAUUCUUGGUCAUUGCAGCAGAUGUGGCCCAUUUCAUUUCUUGUGUCACUUUUUAAAAAAGUAACAGUUAACAGUAGAAAGGGUUUUGCAUUCCAAACUCUGCUUUUGAAAGCUACUGAACUGAUUUGGUUAUGAAAGUGUGUUUAUGGAGGUCCAUUACACAACAAAGUGUGAGCUAGAGCAGUUGCUUAAAGAUCAAAUUUUCAGAUUCUAAAAUGCUUCCAGAGUUCGAAAUUUUCAUGGGAGAUGGACUAAGUAACGUUCAAAGACUCUUGGUGUAUAGCAUUGAUCAGAACAAACUAGGGCCAACUAUGGAGCUAUAGAAAAGUUACCAUUUAAGAGUUACAUUUUUCUGGUAUCUUUAGACUAACAAAACAUGACCAACAUUAGGGCAAACCACUCCAGACUAGCAGAUGUGAUGAAUAACCACAGCAACACUGUUAAAUUAUUCAUCUUGGGUGCACCUAGUCAUCACCAGCAAUCAAUAGGUGGGAAUAAGGCUUGGCUGGAGAAAUUGCCACUUUCUCUUACAACUUCCAAAACUGCCUUUUUGGGUGACAGAUCCCUGAAUCCCACAGCCACAAGGGCCACAUAGCCAUGCUGGCUGGCUGGCUGGCUGGUUCUGAACAAAGUCACCCAAAAAUCUCCCUUUUCCUUGCUCUGACUCAUAUGUCAGAGUAUGUCUCAUGAUCUUGUAUUUGUUUUUCCUUAGUAACAAUUGCUUAGUACUAUGACAGUACUUAUAUCCUACAUUGUUUGGCCUUGGUUUCACUUGGUUUUUACAACCUCUUUAUACUCAGGGUAUCUGUACCUAUCUAGUUAGGUAACUACUUUGUCCAUGUGACAAAGCGGGCUCUGACUCACAAAAGCUGAUACUAUAAUAUAUUUGUUAGUCUUUAAGGUGCUGUUGAACUUUGUUGUGUUUGCUGCAACAGACCAGCAAAGCUAUGCAUCUGGAAUUCUAAAGUAUUACUUAAAUAUACUCAAUCCCACAUUGUAUUAGUUUUAUUUUGUUUGUGUUGUAUUACUGUGCUUUCAAAUGUUGUAUUUGCAAAUUAAGAUGAUUUCACAUCCAUUCCAUGGACUUAACUUGCUGGCAUAUCAAGUCCUAGGACAACUGAUGAUAAUGACCAGAGUUGUUAUUGUUUACUUUAUUUUUCUUUGUAUAUUGUUUUCCCAUGCAUCAGGUAUAACUCCUUUAAACUGAGAUGUCAAACGAAGUCAAACGUUCUAGCAAUGUAAUAUAUUUGUUGUCUGUAAUUUUUUUUGGACACACAUCAGCUUUCUUAUGAAACUCCUAAUGUUUGGUCUUUGUGAAACAUAUGGAAGCAGCCUUCUUUUGUGCAAAAGCGAUAUUUGCAGCUUGUUUAAAUGCAAUUCAGCAUUUCAGGUUUUUUAAAUGGUUUAUAGUUACCAGACUAAUGGUGGUUCUUGCAAAAAAGAUUUACAUUGAAUAUCUGAGAGCCAGUUUUCAAUUAGGAAUUCUCUGGAAAAGAUAGGUUUUUGAAAUUCCUCAAAAUGUUGGAUUCACUGUUCUAAUGAAUCUCUGUAAAAUGUAAGGUACAACAAAACCCAAAAUCCACAAAACUUUUUUUUUAUCAAACCCUUUUGGGAGGCCAACUAAAAAGUGUAAAAUGCAACAGGCAAGCUUUAAAAGCUCCGUGGCUUCUUCAUAAGGCAAAGGUUGUUUAAAAAUCAUACAUCUUUUUUUUGUAAAAUAAUCUUUAUUUAAAUUUUAAUACACAUAAAAUCCUUUGGGGGGGAGGGGAAUUGAGGGGGGGGGAGGUAGGGUAAUAGGGGUGGGUAAGGCAAGGUUUCAGGAUGAGGGUAGGGGGUUAGUACUUCCAGGACGAUACAUCUUAACAUCCUCUGUAUGAUUUUUAAAGAUCAUUUGCCUGAUGAAAAAGCCAGUGGACCUUUGGAGACUUGCAUUAUGUAUUUUGUGCUUUUCAGUUGGCCAGAUAAAGGUAUUGCGCAUUUGGAAUGUUGUUGUAUUUUCCUGCAUGGCUUGACAUGCUAUUCCUGAAUAUAGUCUCUGUAAGGUGUGUUUAAGAUGUGGUAAAAGGUGCUUGUUUUAAAAGUUAACAUGGCUUUUCCAUGGCUUUAUAUUAGAGAAAAGCUGGGCAGACAGCCCAUUGCCCUCAGUGUACUUCAGGCUGGCCUGCAGGUGCAUACCAGAUAGGUGAUACUUCAGCUUUCAUUAAAAGAGUAAUAUUUGGUUAUAUCUCUGUGACUGUGAAGAAAUAAUGGUAAGAUUCUAAAGAAUCCAUGUCAUAAGCAGCAAUUGUUUGGCUAGUAAAUUGAAUGGCAUAAGACUGCUCGCCCGUUUUGCACUGAAAAAAUGUUAGCCAAUAGCAAAUAAUAAUCGGAGCAAGCUGAGGUUGCUUACUGUUGUUUGGAAUUCCAAUUACAUGUUUUCAGGUUUUUGUUAAUCACUUAUCUGUUUGGUUCUUGGUUUCCAAUAACUGUGAAGUCAGAGCGAUUAAUCUAGGAACUUCAGGAGAUGUAUAAUUAGAGUAGGACCAUCUUUAGCUAGUUGAAAAUAAUCAACUCUCAUGAUUUAAUGCUCUGCAUAGCUGUGGCAUUUUGCCAAGUAAUUCAUUGCCCCCCCCCCCCCAAAAAAAGUUCUGCAGGAGAUACUUUCUUGGAAAUCACGUUGAUAUGUGAAACUGCAGAGAAUAGCAAAGCCUAUUGAAGUGAAGGAUAUCUAGCCCAAGAAUGCCAUAGAUUAAUGCUGGAGGACCUAGAAAAUGCCUGGACAGUUCAGAUAAAUGGAACCACAGAGACCAGUCCUGUGGAUAUUGGGGGAGGGGGGAAGUGGAUUAGACUUUAUUUUAAAAAUGUAUGUCACUUUCCAGGUACUUCUGUUAUACUGACCAUACCCAAUAAAUGGGUAUUCAAUAUUCUGUCUUUCUUCCUCUGAUUUACCAGAAGUUGGUUUGGAUUGGUAAUGGUGGAAAUGAACCCCCCUCCAUUCCUCAAUUCUUAAACUGCUAUGUCUGUGGGAAGCCUCUCUAUUUUGCUCACAGCUCUAGAGUUGUUCAGAGAACAGAAAGGAAGCAGUGUUUGGUGUACUAUCACCUUUCAGAAAGGCAAGCUGGGGAAAGCAAGAGUGGAGAUGUACACAAAUCUGAGUGUGUGAGCCUGUGUGCUUACUUAACAUUUGAUUUCUCCCCAAGAGUCCCCAUGUGCUUGACUUUUUUUAGGGGAACAUCACAGUUAUAGGAAUUGUAUAUUUCAGGUGGGAUUUACUCCAAACUGCAGAUGUUUAAAUGCAUCAGAGAACCAAUUCUAGAGAAGUUAUCUCAUGCACAGAACCACAUGAGAUUUUCUUAGUUUCUAAGAUAGUUGCAUGAAUACACAUAUACUCUUGGCUAUUGCUGCUAAUUUUAAACCCUCAUUUGAAACAUUGCUGCUUAUCACAAGUUUUCCAUCUGAGAAAUCAAAUGAAAUAUAUAACAUUCUCUUUCAUUAUAUGUAUGAAGUUAGUGACCAGAAACUGGGCUAUCUGAGAGAACAGUUGUAUGUAUUGUUUUAGCUAGAUAUUGAUGUGACUAUAAUCAUUGUCUUUUGGCAAGUUUCAUGGUAUAUUUCAUCAUUUGGAUUUUACACUAAAAGCAAAAUACAAAUGUCCAUAAUUAAGCCCUUUUAGAGCAUUGAAGAUCAUUCUUGAGUCAUGAAGAUUACAUUUGCUUAACCAAUAUGUAUUUCCAGUACUAGAUAACAAAACAAGUAACUAACUUUCAGUGAUGGCUUAGUUACUAAGUAUGAAUAUUUUCAUUUCUGAUUUCACCAUCUUGUUUGCUGUCAGUGUCUCGGUCAAGUAUGUUCAAUUGAUAAAAUAUUCUGAAGGUGUAUCUUUCCUCCUAACACCUAACUCUGUCUGGAUAUUGUGUAGCGUGACUUAAUCACAGCAGUCCACUGCCAGUGGCAUGUCAUGUAUUUCCCUUCCAAGUUUACCUUUUCUUGCUAGCUACUGGCUCUCCUGUUUUAUUGCCUGUACUAGGGAGAAAGAUGUUGUGGAGCAAUCCACAUCUAUUUGGGUAAGCUGUGUAUUAUAUUUGCAAAGGCCAAUGAUGUCUACAUAUAUAAGAUUUUUUUAAGAAGUCUUUUUUCCUCUCAAGGCACACCUGUGUGUUUGGGCAUUUCUUGUUUUUCUAUUGUUUUUAUUUUAAUGAUUGAUGUAAGACCAGAGUCUGCAAGAAAUGUUAUUGAAUUUUUUUACAAAAAUGUUUUACUCACCUUUAUGGAAUUCGCACACUUUCAAUAAAUAUUUCAAGUGAA